CAGCAACACAUUUUCUGGGGUUCGCAAACAGUCGAUAAAUAUCCCUUGACGACAGGUACAUUUAUGGUAUAUCGAAAACGAAACCCGAGAACACGUGUUUUAUAACGAUUCAUUCCAAGGAAUUGAACCUCCCCAGCCGGAUCUGACAAUGGCCAUCAGAGCCACCGCAUCUCGCUCACUAAUUGCCCUGAGGCAAUUGAAUACACUCCGCGGACAAGCAUCUGUGGUGUCAAGGGCGCUCCCAGCCACCCUGCGAAUGAAUUCCUCCGCCGCAGCAGCGUUGGCUCCCAGUCCGGCAAAGACAACAAAUGGGUUCUCAGCUGUACAAACAGUCUCCAACUUCGAAGAGACCAUCGCUAAGCGACCGGACUUCGAUCAUUCCAACCCCCCAAUCGAAGUCACCAAGUCGCCCGACUCAACCUGGUCUUUUGGCCAUGGCGUCCGCAAUAAGUCGCCUUCUGCCACAGACCCAAGACAGAAAGUUCACAAGGAAAUCGAUCCCUAUUCUUCAGACCGAUCCGUUAGUCAAAAUUAUAGACUUUUGGUUUCCGGAAUCGCUCCACGCCCGGUCGGAUUCAUCAGCACACUUUCCGUGGAUGGCAAGACGAAGAAUCUCGCACCCUUCAGCUACUUUCAACUUGUUGAUCAUGACCCGCCCAUGUUUAUCGUCAGUUUCUCUUCAAGAUUUGGCGCUAUCAAAGAUACCUACCAAAAUCUGAAAGACACUGGCGAAUGCGUUAUCAAUACGGUUUCAGAAAAUAUGAUCGAGGCUGUGAGCGCUUCCUCAAUCGAUGCACCCUAUGGACUGUCCGAGUGGGAUGUCACUGGUCUUCAUGAGGCCCCCACAACAACUGUCAAGCCAUCCCGGGUUCAAGAGUCGGUCUUUUCCAUCGAGGGCAAGGUUGUGGAUAUCAAGGAGUUCGCCCCCCACCAACCUGGGAUGAGCAGUGCUGCGAUAGUCCUACUCGAGGCAACACGGUUCUGGGUUCAAGAGGAUGCGGCCAAUGAGGACUUUAGUCACAUUGACCUCGAAAAGUUGCGACCGAUUGCGCAAUUAGGUGGCAUGUCUUAUGGUCGUAUUACCUCGACAUUUGAGCUGCCCCGAAUGCGGUGGGUCGAUGAACAACCCAAAAGUGACCUUCUUACCAAACUAGAAGAGAAGUCGAAGCAAUAAUGACGAUUGGUUCCCCCAGUGUAAUAAAUUAGAGUCUCAUUAUGAAUCUAUGUCCGUCUUGCAUCCUAGAUACUCUGGUGGGAGUGGCGAUUCCAUCCGGGUCUUUUCUUUGCUCCCUCAAUGUAUGUGAACUUUUGGUGACUCCUAUUGCUGUAUCCUCG